UAGCUUGUCUCAUGUCUGCUGUCAGACUGUCAGUUGUUGCGCCGCCGCUGACUAUUAAACGUGUUACUACGCGAUGAGCAAAUUUGAAUUUUGUAGAGAUAAUUAUUAGGAUUUUUAAUAGUUUUUUUUACUUUAAUUAAAAAAUUAGUUAUUAAUACACAGAAAAGAAAACUUCUUGUUUUCUAGCCGCUUUCCAAAUUUCAAGUCUCUUCGUUACGGUCAAGUGAUUGAAGGUGUUAUAUCAUAUUUUAGUAUUGUUUAUUGGACACAAUGGACCAAAGCAGUAUAACUCCUAACACAUCUAAUCAGCAGCUGGUGAUAAAUGGAGACAAUGAUUCUGCCACUGCGCUUCUUCAGGAGAAGCAGGCUAGAAGACGUGAAACUUUGAGUGAUGUUACAUUAAAAGAAUUCAUGACUGUUGGGAUCCUGUGCUUCGUUAACCUCAUCAAUUACAUGGACAGAUUCACGAUAGCAGGCGUGCUGGAUGAUGUCAAAAAGGAGUUUGCCAUCGGCGAUGAUAAGGCGGGCCUGCUUCAGACGGUGUUCGUGGUGGCAUAUAUGAUAUUCGCGCCUAUUUUCGGCUACCUGGGUGACAGGUAUUCGCGAAGGGCGAUCAUGGCGUUCGGAGUGGGUCUGUGGAGUGCCACGACGCUUAUCGGGUCUUUUAUACCGGAUUUUGCAACAUUCGCGGUAUUUCGUGGUCUAGUGGGCAUUGGUGAGGCGUCAUACUCCACGAUAGCUCCGACAAUCAUCAGCGAUCUCUUUGUGGGCAAUGUCCGGUCAAAGAUGCUUGCCUUUUUCUACUUCGCGAUUCCGGUUGGAAGUGGUUUCGGUUACAUUGUUGGCUCCGUGGCCGGUGCAAUGGCGGGUGACUGGCGAUGUGGCCUCCGAGUCACGCCCUUUCUUGGGGCUGCUGCUGUAGCCCUGAUGAUCUUUGUCAUGGAGAACCCUGAGAGAGGACAGGCGGAGGACUGUCACAUGAAACCAACCUCGUACCGCGACGACCUUAAGUCAUUAAUAAAGAACCCGUCCUUUAUGCUGUCAUCCCUGGCGUUUACCUGUGUGGCAUUCGUGACUGGCGCCCUCGCGUGGUGGGGGCCACAGUUUAUAUUCCUGGGACUGACAUUACAGCCGAACACUGACAUUACGCUUGAAAGGGUGGCGUUAAUCUUCGGCGCGAUCACGAUGUUGUCUGGCGUGGUUGGAGUUCCGUUGGGCGCGUGGCUUGGUGCGACACUCACCAAGCGAUUCCCUCGCUCGCAUCCUAUCAUCUGUGGGGUUGGCCUCCUCAUCUCAGCGCCAUUGAUGACACUAGCGAUGCUGCUCUGCGAGGGAUAUUUCUACGCGCCAUUCGUCCUCAUGUUUUUUGGGGAGGUCGCUUUGAAUCUCAACUGGGCUAUUGUUGCUGAUAUGUCGCUGUACGUGGUCAUACCACCAAGGAGAUCGACGGCUGAGGCAUUCCAGAUUUUAAUUUCACACAUGUUUGGGGACGCAGGCAGUCCCUACUUGGUUGGUGUGAUAUCCGAAGCCCUAAAACUCUACUAUUCAACACCGUCAGAGCCCGCGAGCAAAACGGCGGAAUUUCGUUCGUUGCAAUACGCGUUAUUCGUAACUUGCUUCGUCGAAGUUGUCGGCGGAAUAUUCUUCCUCAUCACCGCGCUCUAUAUCGUCAGGGAUAAACUGAAAGUCGAUAGAGCUAUCACUGUUACUUCAAAAAUAGUUUAGAAGCCGAAGCGCAGAACGCAGAGCCGUCUCACAGUAACGCGCAAGAACCAUUAGGAGGAGAUUAGAAUAGUUUUAGUUAAAUUCGCGUUUUAGAUCUGUGAGAUGAUUCACGAAAUGAUCGUUUCUAGAUAAUUUAUCACGAAUUAUUGCUUUGAUAAAUUAACUAAAUGAUCAACGAAGAAGACUGAUUAAGUAUGCACAGCAAAUAGGAAUGAGUGAGAAAGGCAAAAAUGCCUGAAUAGGAAACGCCGUGUGGUUUGGGGCACACUUGGCUAGUGAUAGGAUUAAUAUUUCCACACGCAAACAAUUUUAUAACAUGCGUGAUAGAAUUAGGAUGCCACUAGUAUUAAAAUGUUACUCGUUUAUAAAUAAAAAUAUUUCUCAUCUUUAAUAUUACAGUAGAAUAUCGCAUCUGCACUUUUCUUCUUUACAUAGUUUAAAUAAUGUUUAAAUAUUUACAUCACAAAUUAAUAAUGUAGGAAUGCUUACAUCAUAGCGAGAGACAACCAUCAAUUCUAGGCCAGUUAAGUCAAUAUUCUUUGAGUCUUAACCCAUACAAAAGCGAAACAUUAAAAUCAGUCAAGUGUGCAACAAACUCACCUCAGCCUAAGUACAUAAUGUUUAUUUGUCAAUAUUUAAUUACCUCAAGCACUUGUUACACAAGAAAUAGAUAUUUAUUUUUGUUCAUCAUAAAGUAUUAAAUUAUUAUUCAAUGCAAGAUUUAUCUGUUGUAUUCAUACAGUUUAACGAUUAGUGCAAAUUAUUUAUAUAUUGUCCCAGAUGCAUUUAUUAUUAAUUAUUUAUGAAUAUUCUGUGUUUCCUUAUCUAUUUCAUUGUCAUUGGAAUUCUUCCUUGUUUUUCUUUCUAUUCUCAUGUUAUCGCCUACAGAUGGCGCCAAUAUAAAUUCUAAUGUAAGCUUAUUCAUGAAAACUAAGUCAGUGUAUAAAUGCACCAUAUUCAAGCGUCUCUUUUCAUCAGAGCGCAAAUACAGUUUGACAGAAAGAGAUGGAAUAGUAUGGAUAGAGUGCCAUUACUGAUUUAGUUUGGAUGGGGUUAAGCGUAUAAUACCAUUUUCAAAGUGUAAAUUAAAAUCAAAUGCAAUAAUUAUGAUGUAGUUGUAGUAUUAGAUUCGAGGGUCUGUAUUUUUUAUCUGUAUUCCAAAACGUAACAUUAGGUUCAAACUAAUACUAGACUUUCGUUUUGAAGUACAGAUCUAUUUGUUGGGUUGUUCAUUAACUUGAAUGUUCUUUAACAAAUUGGUAAGUGACUUAUUCAAAGUUAAACUGUAAUGAAUUACAAUGAAGACUGAAUUGUUUAGAAUUCCUAAUAGUGAAAUUUGUUUUUGUAAAUAUCGUGUAAUGAUGGGAAUUGAAAAUAAAUUAUUUUUGAAAU